AUGGCUGAUGCGCUCGAGCCAGACAGCCAAGCUCUGGGAGCCAACUUGUCCAGCCCUCAGCAUCCCGCCUGGAACUUGAAUCUUUCUUUCCCCUCUCGCUGGGCUUUGCCCGGACAGUCUGCGCAGACCAUCGGGGCCGGCACGAUCAUGCUGCUGGCGCUGGUGGGCAACUGCUGGUUGUUGUACCGACUCCGUUGCGGAGGGUGCUGCUGCGGAGGUCGCUUCAGGAGGCGGCGGAAGAUGGAUUUCCUCCUGGCGCACUUGGCUAUCGCCGAUCUCUACGGAUGCGGGCUGGCGUUGCUCUCCCAGCUGCCUCCAGCAGGGGACGACCGCGUUGCAGAGCCGGGAGACGCGGGAUGGCUGGCCGGAGACACCACCUGCCGCUUGCUCCGCUUCCUACGAGGCUCGGGACUGCUGGCGCCGUCGCACAUGCUGGUUCUUAUUGCGCUCGAGCGACAGCGCUUGGCGAAGGGCCCUCCGCCCCCUCAGGAAUCGCUGCCGCCUUUCGUGCUCGCCCGGAGCGCCCUGGUCGCGCUGGGCUGGCUCUUGGCUUUGCUGCUCGCCCUGCCUCAACUCUUCGUUUACAGGCUGGUCCCGUCGCAGCCCGGAGGCCGCUGCCUCAGCAUCUUCCCUCAGCUGCCCCGAUGGCACGGACAGGUCUACGCCGUGUACGAAGCCAUUACGGGCUUCGUAGCUCCCGCCUGCCUCUUGGGCAGGACCUGCAGCCGCAUCCUCGCCAUUCUCACUGCCUGGCGUCGCCGGCCCCGCCCCGCCGCUCCUUCUGCGGCUUCUCCGAUCUCCAAGUGCGCUUCCCGCUCGCCGUCUGCGCCGCGAAGCCUGCCCCGCGCACGAAUCAGGGCGCUGCAGCUGACUUUGGCGCUCGCCGCGCUGUUUGCGCUCUGCGGUUUCCCGCGUUUUAUUUUGGAGCUGGCCUUAGCUUUUGCCUUUCCCGACGGCGCCACCCAAGAAGCCCGGACGACCCUGAGCAACAUGAUGGCAGCCACCAACAGCGCCAUUAAUCCCUACGUUUGCCUCUUGUUCCAUAGCUACCAGCCCUGGGCCCGGCGGCUCCAGCGCAGCCUCUGCAGGUGCCCCGACGGCCAACCCAGACGGCAAGCUCGCCACCGGCAGCGCCUGUCGCCACGGGCGGCCGCGGAUCGUGCUGAACUUUGGCUCUGCCCCUGCCAGACUAAGACGCCGGCCAUCGCAACAGCCAUCCAGCUAGAGAAGGAGGAGAGCCGGGCUAUUUGCGAGAGCAGAUUCUAA